AAAGAGUUAAACAACUGUGCUAAAGCAGAACCACUACGAUACCUCGCCUACUAAACGUCACUGGACUUCUUCAGAAAGACACUGUGCAUCCUACAUUAAAACCCCGUUGUAGCACCACCAUGCCUCCUCACAGAAACACAGCUACCUCGCCUAUCCUACCUACUCACAACCAAACUCUACCUGCCAACAGCCAACAGGCAUCUUCCGAUCGUUCAAAUCGGCGACAUGGGCGACAUAAGCGCAAGCGUGCUGCAUGUUGGUACAAAUGCGGCGAGAACGUUUGGCGCUCCCGACUGGAUACCGCAAGUCACGUCGGGAUAUGUCUUGCCGCCCUUAUGACACUUAUAUUCUUCCUUCGGCGAGGCGAUCCAUAGACAGAAUAGCGACGGAAUAUACACUACUUCUACGGUUUUUUUUUCGUGAUUGUAGAGUUGUACAGGGCAAUAGGGCUAAGAUAGAUC